CGUUCUCCCCGAUCACGACAAGCGCCCUCGAGUCGGGUUCGCCUUCGGAAGAUGCAGCGCGCCGCACGGGAAAUACCUCAUGUCAUAAGGCUCAGAAACAUCCCCAAGUCCGCGACUCGGAACGAUGUCGCGCGAAUGCUCAUGCGUGCACAGGUGGAGGGUGUGACCUCGGUCGAGCUCGAGUACAACCGCUGGCUACCAGCUGGUUCCGCGCUCAUUCAGUUCCACCGCCCGGAAUACGUCCCCGCAAGCUCCCACAGGCUCAAGGGAAAGGCCAUCCAGGGCAUCACUGUCAUACCCGAGAACUUGACCAGGUUCGCCCUCCAGGACUACCAGGAGGCGUUGAAGAAGCAGGAGAAGGGCACCGGGACUGGGCCCAGCGCAAAUACGACCCAUCUAGAAGAGAAAGUCGUGCUCUGGGGCUUCACCCCGCGCUGGAACGCCACGGACGUCGCUGCAUUGUUGCGGUCAUACCGCCUACACAACCAUGAUGUGGAUGGGGGCGCAAACUCCAUCUCCUACACACCAUUAGCGGACCAGACACACUCAAGGAAGUUCGUCGCGCGUAUGGCGGACCCCGAAGAGGCACAUCGUGUCGUCCGGGACCUGCAUAUGACUCCCGUUCCCCACUUAUUUGGUGUAUCACCGUCCAUAGGGCAGUACUUGCGCGCUCGAGUCUUGUCACCGUAGAGUCCAGUAUAGCACCCCGAUUCAGACCUAAUCCUUCGUUUGCUUCCCGCCGAUCGCGGAGCUGCC